CCCUUCUUCUGUAUCGUGCUCACAAGUAGCCUUCAUUAGCUGAGCGUCAUAUCACUUUGUGCCACACUCAAAGUUAUAAAACAAUAAAUGCAAUGCCUACACAAAGUGUACCGAUCCGAGACCCGGCUUUACUAACCAGGUUACUACAGCAGUAUUUACACUUGUUAAAGAAAUAUCCGAUCAUCACCAAAUCUGUUACAAGUGCCAUUCUGUCUUCAUUGGGAAACCUGCUUUCCCAAGCUCUAGAAUCUAAGAAAAAGCUUAAAGAAGGCCAGUCUAGGAAAGAAGUGGACGUGUAUGGACCCAUCCGCUUUGCUGUAUACGGACUUGUCAUCACAGGCCCACUGAGUCAUUUUUUCUACCAGCUUCUGGAGCUGCUGUUUCCAGCCUCGGCUCCAUACUCCACGUUGAAGCGCCUCCUCUUGGAGCGACUCGUCUUUGCCCCUGCUUUUCUCUUCCUCUUCUUUGCAGUGAUGAACAUUUUGGAGGGGAAGACAAAUGCAGACUUGCAGGAUAAGCUGAAAGCGAGAUACUGGCCUGCUCUCAAGAUGAACUGGAAAGUCUGGACACCAUUUCAGUUCAUCAACAUCAACUAUGUGCCUGUGCAGUUCCGGGUGCUGUUUGCCAACCUAAUCGCCUUGUUCUGGAAUGCCUACCUCACAUCUGUCAGGAAAUGAAACCCCAGUGUUAAUAUUAAAGCAUGGUUACGUAUGUCAGUACCAAUGAAGCCAGUGUGUGCCUUUUAAAAGACAUUGUACUAGACCCAGUAUGACUUUCCAAUUAACUGUUGGACAUUAGGAAGAGGAACUAGAAGAUGGCUUCUUCAAAAGAUACACUUCUUCAUGAAAGAACACAACACAUACUAACAUUGCUAAAGUCUAAUUCAAAAUGUUUCCAUUGGCUGAGGUGCAACAGUAAUGAAACCAGAUUAUUAUUAACAAGGGGAUGAAACAGUAUUGUUUAAUACAUGUUUUUGAUGCAUUUCACAGCAAACAUUUGUGUAGUGAAAGAAAAUAAUAGUGGAUUUUGAUGAUGAUAAUAAUAAUAAUAGUAAUAAUAAUUAGAAUAUUCAUUCAUUCAUUCAUUCAUUUUCUACCGCUUAUCCAAACUACCUCGGGUCACAGGGAGCCUGUGCCUAUUUCAGGCGUCAUCGGGCAUCAAGGCAGGAUACACCCUGGGCGGAGUGACAACCCAUCGCAGGGCACACACACACUCUCAUUCACUCACACAAUCACACACUUCGGACAAUUUUUCCAGAGAUGCCAAUCAACCUACCAUGUAUGUCUUUGGACUGGGGGAGGAAACCGGAGUACCCGGAGGAAACCCCCAAGGCACGGGGAGAACAUGCAAACUCCACACACACAAUGCGGAGGCGGGAAUUGAACCCCCAACCCUGGAGGUGUGAGGCAAACGUGCUAACCACUAAGCCACCGUGCCCCCCCGCUAAUUAGAAUAGUAUUAAUAAUUAAUAUUCUGCCUAGUCUUGGUCAACACUAAUUUUAGCAUUGUACAUUGUAGUACUAUGCUUUUUCGGUUGUUUAAUAAAAAAAUUAGGCUUGCUACUGGAGAAAAUUAGCUUGGAGCUUACUGCUACUGGAGAAAAUUGUCCUAACAAAGCGCUGUUGAAUUCUCAAAUCUGACCAGAAUGUCUGGUCAGAAGGUCUUUUUUUAAUAUUUAUGCGCUCAUUCUUAUACAGAUAAACAGAUUUGAUGAGCAUGAUGUGUCAUUGUUUAAAAAAGGAAAAAUUGUAACUUAAGAACGACAUGAUUAUGUCUUCUAGUUUCAGCCUAAUGAAAGAAUGAAUGUUAAAUGAUAACAGGAUUUGUCCUUUUUUGUUUGUUUGUUUUUGGCUAUUACACCACAUUAAAUGUAACAAUUGGUAAAAAAAAAAAAAAAAAGAAGGUAUGACGUCAUUUAAGAAAUAAAAACUAAUUACUGACACAUUCCUGGGGUGCUGGAGAAAAAAAAACUUUAGGUUGUCUGUAGUUAUGUAGAUUGAGUUCACAGUUUAUGAUAAACUCAUUUAUCCCCCCUUUUUUUGAGUGACAACCAUUGGUGACUCAUGUGGAGGUUUAACAUUAUGUAAAUAUGGAGCUACUUGGUACAGUGAUUAGCGCUGGCAAGUUAAGACAGUAGAGCGCAAACUACUUUUUCAUCUCGUAUGAUAUGAUGCUGAUGUACACCGGUGAAUUUUAUUCAAAAAUGUUUAAUUUUAGUGCCAACAAAAACUGAUUUGAUGUCAAGUGGAAUGCUAGUUUAGCCAUAGCUAUGUUAUUUUAUAGCCUGUUCAGGAAGCUUCUUGUUCUCACUAUGACCACUAGAGGUCACACACUUCCUGCCCUGAAAAACCCUGUGCAGUUUUAGUGCCACUUCCACAGCACAGUUAUUGACUUGUGAACCUCCAAUUAUUAGAUUACCUGAUGUUAACUUAGUGUCUUUCAAACACUUCCGCAUAUACAUAGUGAUAGGAGAAACGAGGCAUUUUGAAUCGCAAAAUGAUUCAGUUUCGAAGCUUUCGAAACAAAACACGCUGGAGACACCUACUGGUCAAAAUAGUGUAAUGGAAACGAGAUCUAGGCCCAAACAUAUUGACAACUUUUACAAAACAAUUGCAAAUAUCUUCACAACAUUGUAAUGUUUUCAAUAUAAUUUGCAAAUCAUUAAAUAAUAUGAAAUUUA